UAUAUCUCUUACCCACUACCUACUCCGUACACUAAAUUAUUCACUGUGCUAUGUGGAUAGGCUAGGUUACCCGCCCCCGCUCACGCACAUGUGGCUUCGCUAAAUUUACCAUCCGCCAAUUCUCUCCAUCCGUGCUCAGCCGUGUCCAAAGAUGCCGAUCUAAUAUCUGAUACCAACUAGGCUGUACCUGUUUGUUACUAGGUAUCGACAUCAUAUCACAAGCAAGCCACGCCAAGCUUCUAUUCGAAACGCCGUUUUCAACUCUGAGGAAACCUUAAAAAAGCCAGAGGUAUAACAAGAGAUCAAAUACUUGGUGCUUUGCUAUCAUAUCUGAAAAGGGUAUUCUUUCCUGAACCCCAUCCAUACGCACGUAAUCGUACUCCAACAUGCAUUUCCCCGCUCUCCUCGCCAAUGAGCGCCUCACCCAACUUCAACACUCAACUUCUGCUUCCCAAUACUCUGGUAGCUCCGAAGCUACACACAAUUCUCCAAUUCAGAUAUCGUGCAUCGUUUUAAUUAUUCUCGGAAUAGUUGCAAAGGCGGCAUUCGCGGUUGAAAGUUUGGAUUGGUUAGAUUAUACUAUCCUUUGCGUUUUGACGGGAAUUUGGUAUUCCCGAAGACGACCAACUACAUAUGUAGUUUUGUGAGUUUAGACCUAGGGGGUCUUAACAUUGUUAUGGCGUUGAUGCGGGCAGAGGGGAAUAUGCAAUGUAGUUACGAUUAUGGCUGCGGUUUGGUUUUGGUUAUAGGUUAGGGUCUGGGUUACAUUCUGAUCUUUCAUUGGCUGGAUGGGCUGGAUGGCAAUGGGUCAUAGGAACUGGGAGGAGAGAUUUGCAUUUUGGAUGGCGCAACAGAAAUUA